CACUAUGUACUUUUUUACAUCCCUGCUUACGUUUGGCUGGCAUAGCCUAAGUUCCGCAUUCCCAAAUCCUCCCAGAUUGGGAUCACGUUUAAAAUCGGGCUGAUGCAACGAUUUCCACUUUUUAAAAUCUACUCUCGACCCUCGGCUGACCAGAAGAAAGGACAUUUGUUGCACCUGGGAUCAAAGUCAGCUGUGGUCACGACCGAGUCUGACACGAUGCCAGGACAAAUCCCAGAUCCCUCUGUGACAGCAGGCUCCCUGCCCAGCCUGGGCCCACUGGCUGGGAUCUCAGCCACCACGCUGACUGACAAGCUCAAAUUUGGUGACUUCCAGGAGUUUGGUACAAUGCUGUCACCUCUGCACUUCCUGGACAGUCUGGGGAAGAGGCCCCUAGUCAUCAAGACAGAGAGAGAUGAAGAGGAAGAGAGGAGGAAAAGAAGGCGAGAGAAAAACAAAGUGGCUGCAGCUCGAUGUCGAAACAAAAAGAAAGAGAGGACAGAUUAUCUACAAAAGGAAUCAGAGAGACUAGAGAUGUUAAACUCUGACCUUAAAGCCCAGAUUGAGGAACUGAAGCUGGAGCGACAGCAGCUGAUCCUCAUGCUUAACCGCCAUCGCCCGACGUGUAUUGUCAGGACAGAUAGUGUCAAAACUCCAGAGAGCGAGGUGAACCCCCUGCUGCAGCAGCUGGAGGCCAAGUGAAGGUGCGACGACUUUCUGCAGUUUACAGUUAAGGAGAAGAAGAAGCAGCCAACUAGCAGCACUUAGCUUUGGGCCUCAGGUCAUGGAGGAGAACCAGCCAACAAGUCCUCCCACCUUAAGUCACGGAGCGUUACACCACAAAAUGUGGAUCCAAGAAUAUUGGACACUGUUUUGGCAGUUAAAUCAAACUUCUUUUGAUUUCUCUUUUGAUUUUUUUUUUUUACCAUUUAUUUGUCAAUUUGGUCAUCAGAGCUUCAGCCACUAUCAGUAUAAAGUUAAACAAAGCUAUCAAAUUACUUUGUGUCCCAUACAUUCAGUUUUUUCUAUGGUGGAUUUGUACUUAAUCUCUUGUACUCUAACAGCAGAUGUAGUACAUACUUUUUACUAUAUUUUUACUAUAACUGUUUCAACAGCAUUUCAAUUACUGUUUCCAUGCAAGGCCGGGUUACAUGUAGUUAUAUACUGUAUGUGAUUAGGCUAAAAAUAGACGUCUUGUUAUAAUGAGGAGUUGCAAUACUUCUCAGCCUUUAUGCCCAGAAUUACUUGGACUGCCUUUGUUAAAAUGCAUUCUGGGAAUCUAAGUUUUAGGGUAGGCAGUUAGGAGGAAAUGAGUUAGAGAUACAUUUGGUAAAGU